GGGGGGGGCAAGAUGGCGGCAGCAGUCGGGGUCCGCGGCCGGUGCGAGCUGCCGCCGGGCUCCGGCCCAGGCUGGUUCCUCAGCCUUUCCGCCUUGCUGAGCGUGGCGGCCCGCGGGGCCCUGGCCACCACGCACUGGGUCGUCACGGAGGACGGAAAGAUCCAGCAGCAGGUGGACUCCCCAAUGAACUUGAAGCAUCCCCAUGACUUAGUGAUAUUAAUGAGACAAGAAACAACAGUUAACUACCUCAAAGAGUUGGAGAAGCAGUUGGUUGCUCAAAAGAUUCACAUAGAAGAGAAUGAAGACAGAGAUACGGGACUGGAGCAGAGACACAAUAAGGAGGAUCCAGACUGCAUCAAGGCCAAGGUGCCCUUAGGAGACCUGGACCUGUAUGACGGCACGUACAUAACUCUGGAGAGCAAAGACAUCAGCCCUGAAGACUACAUAGACACAGAGUCUCCUGUGCCUCCAGAUCCCGAGCAGCCCGACUGCACUAAAAUCCUAGAGCUGCCAUACAGUAUACAUGCCUUUCAGCACCUGAGAGGCGUACAAGAAAGAGUGAAUCUUUCUGCACCUUUAUUACCUAAAGAAGAUCCAAUCUUCACGUAUUUAUCUAAACGAUUAGGAAGGAGUAUAGACGACAUAGGUCACCUCAUUCACGAAGGUUUACAGAAGAACUCUUCCUCCUGGGUUCUGUAUAACAUGGCUUCCUUUUAUUGGAGAAUCAAGAAUGAGCCAUACCAGGUCGUGGAAUGUGCCAUGCGAGCUCUUCACUUCUCAUCCAGGCACAAUAAAGACAUCGCCCUGGUGAACCUGGCCAACGUGCUGCACCGAGCGCAUUUCUCUGCCGAUGCUGCCGUCGUGGUCCACGCGGCUCUGGACGACAGCGACUUCUUCACCAGCUAUUAUACGCUGGGCAACAUCUACGCGAUGCUUGGGGAGUAUAACCACUCGGUGCUCUGCUAUGACCACGCCUUGCAGGCCAAACCAGGAUUCGAGCAGGCUAUAAAGAGGAAGCAUGCAGUCUUAUGUCAGCAAAAGCUCGAGCAGAAACUAGAGGCUCAACAUAGAUCCCUCCAGCGAACGCUGAACGAGUUGAAAGAGUAUCAGAAGCAGCAUGACCACUACCUGAGGCAGCAGGAGAUCCUAGAGAAACACAAGCUGAUCCAGGAGGAGCAAAUCUUAAGAAACAUCAUCCACGAGACCCAGAUGGCAAAAGAGGCGCAAUUAGGGAAUCAUCAGAUUUGCCGCCUGGUCAACCAGCAACACAGCCUGCAUUGCCAGUGGGACCAGCCCGUGCGCUACCACCGCGGCGAUAUCUUUGAGAACGUUGACUAUGUCCAGUUUGGUGAGGAUUCGUCAACCUCCAGUAUGAUGUCUGUGAACUUUGAUGUUCAGGCCAAUCAGAGUGACGUCAGUGACUUGGCCAAGGCUUCCCCUGUAGCCCAUUCCGUUCUCUGGAUCUGGGGCCGGGACUCUGACGCAUACAGGGACAAACAGCAUAUUCUGUGGCCUAAAAGGACAGACUGUGCAGAGAGCUUCCCGAGCGUCCCGGCCAGCGGGGAAUUGCCAACCUACUUUCUACCUCCAGAAAACAAAGGACUCAGGAUCCACGAACUCCACAGUGACGAUUAUUCUUCCGAAGAAGUCGCCCCAAACCCCGACUGUUCCGUAACUGACUUCAAAAAAAGCCACCCUCUGUCCUACUUAGUCAAAGAACUAGAGGUUCGCUUGGAUCUGAAAGCCAAAAUGCCAGAUGACCAUGCCCGCAAAAUUUUGCUUGCCCGUAUUAAUAAUUACACUAUCCCAGAAGAAGAAAUUGGGUCUUUCCUAUUUCAUGCUAUUAACAAGCCAAACGCCCCUAUCUGGCUGAUCCUCAACGAGGCCGGGCUCUACUGGAGAGCGGUGGGGAACAGCACCUUCGCCCUCGCGUGUCUGCAGAGAGCUUUGAAUCUGGCUCCACUUCAGUAUCAGGACAUUCCUCUCGUCAACCUGGCCAACCUCCUGAUUCACUACGGCCUGCAUCUUGAUGCCACCAAACUGCUGCUUCAAGCCUUGACCGUCAAUAGCUCAGAGCCCCUGACCUUUUUGAGCCUGGGAAAUGCUUACCUUGCUCUGAAGAAUAUCAGCGGGGCCCUGGAGGCCUUCAGACGGGCUUUGAAACUAACAGCCAAGUGCCCCGAGUGUGAAAGCAGCCUGAAGUUGAUCCGCUGUCUGCAGUUCUACCCUUUUCUCUACAACACCAGCUCGGCCCUCUGCAGUGGUCACUGUCACGCGAAAGCCCUGGACCACAGCCAGGAUGCACAGAAAUACCUUGAGCACUCCCCGCCCCUGGACGCUGCCGCCGAGGAGCCCUCCGGGGCCGGAGCCGAGGAGGGGCCCGUGCUCUCCACUCCGAGCCCAGGGAGGGACCCCGAGGCCCUGCGACUUGAAAGUACGGUGGUUGAGGAGAGCAAUGGUUCAGAGGAGAUGGAGAACUCAGAUGAAGCAAAAAUGUCCGAAGAGAUCCUGGCGUUGGUGGAUGAGUUCCAGCAGACCUGGCCCCUGGAGGGCUUCGGGGGCGCCCUGGAGGUGAAAGGGCGGCGGCUGGACUUGCAGGGCAUCCGGGUGCUGAAGAAAAACCCCCAGGAUGGAGUGGCCAAAAGCUCGUGCUACGGAGACUGCAGGAGCGAAGACGACGAAGCCACGGAGUGGAUCACAUUCCAGGUCAAACGUGUCAAGAAACCCAAAGGAGAUGCUAAGAAAACUCCGGGGAAAAAAGUAGAAUCAAACCAAGCCGAAAGUGCACCCCGCUCCCAAGCAAACCUAGAGAUCACCGGCCCCAAGGUGGCGUCUCCCGGGCCGCAAGGAAAGAAGCAAGACUACCAGAGCCUGGGAUGGCCCAGCCCGGACGAGUGUGUCAAGCUCCGCUGGGCGGAGCUGACUGCCAUCGUCAGCACCUGGCUCGCCGUGUCUUCCAAAAACAUCGACAUCACAGAACACAUUGACUUUGCCACGCCCAUCCAGCAACCUGCGAUGGAGCCUCUCUGCAAUGGGAACCUCCCCACCAGCAUGCACACCCUGGACCACCUGCACGGGGUCUCCAACCGGGCCAGCCUGCACUACACGGGGGAGAGUCAGUUAACAGAGGUCCUCCAGAAUCUGGGCAAAGACCAGUACCCACAGCAGUCCCUUGAGCAGAUCGGCACCCGGAUUGCCAAAGUUCUGGAAAAGAACCAGACGUCCUGGGUCCUGUCCAGCAUGGCCGCCCUGUACUGGAGAGUGCGAGGCCAGGGGAAGAAGGCCAUCGACUGCCUCCGCCAGGCCCUGCAUUACGCCCCCCAUCAGAUGAAGGACGUGCCCCUCAUCAGCCUGGCCAAUAUCCUGCACAACGCCAAGCUCUGGAACGACGCCGUGAUCGUGGCCACCAUGGCCGUGGAGAUCGCCCCCCACUUCGCGGUCAACCACUUCACGCUUGGCAACGUCUAUGUAGCCAUGGAAGAGUUUGAAAAGGCGCUGGUGUGGUACGAGUCAACGCUGAAGCUGCAGCCCGAGUUUGUCCCCGCCAAAACCCGAAUCCAGACCAUCCAGUGUCACUUAAUGCUGAAGAAGGCCCGGCGCGCCCCUUAACUCACCCCUGCCUCCCUCUCUCUCCUCCCCUCUCUCCUCUCUCCUCUCUCUCUCUCUCUCUCUCUCUCUCUCUCUCUCUCUCUCUCUCUCCAUCUCCUAUCUCUCUCCCUUUUUCUUUCCUUCUCUCCUAUCUCUCUACCUCUCCUCUCUCUCUCCUCUCUCUCCCUCUCUUCUCUCUCUCCUCUCUCUAUCUUCUCUCUCCUCUCUUUCUCUCUCUUCUCUCUCUCUCCCUCUGUCU